AUGAAGAAUUCAUCACAAUCUACAAGAGGAAUGAAGACUGCAUUUUUCGUGUCGGUCAAUUUGCUUCAGGCGGCCCAUUCUUUUUCUGUCCAGGGACCGCAAAGCAACAGAAAUGGUAUUUCAACAAAGUCUGGUGGAUACAACCAAAUUUUGAUGAACCCAUUGGAAGAGGAACGAUCACGCCAUUUCAGCAGUUUUUCCCUUCAUCUAAGUAGUUCAAACGUAGACUAUGCACAGGCAGAAGAUGUCAAAUCAAUAAAAUCUCUUUUCUCCAAGUAUGCUGAUGAGUCAGACUCGAUGACAAAAGACACACUGUGCAAGGUACCUCCGUUUGAUGAGAUGCUGGAAGUUGAAGAUCUAUCUAUGGAGGAGUUGACAGAAAUAUGGGAUAAAGCACCGAAGAGUGGAGGAGACGAAUCCAGAAUAGGUGCGGACUCUUUUGUGCAGAUAUAUCAGGCCGUUGACGACCUGUUUGAAGAUGAUGAAAAAGAGGCCGAUGUUGUAGAAGAGGCAAAGGCUCCCGAAAAUGUCGAAUUGAAUGCGGCACAGUCCGAACUGAAGGUUGCCUUUAAUAGUCUAUGUGAUGACAAUAAGUUGAUAUCCAAAGUAGCUUUAAAAGCUUGGGACGAGAUCGAGACGCUGUUUGCUGAAAAUCUCCUUGGUCAAUCAGAGUUCGAUGAUAUCUGGAGCAAGACUGCGGCGUCAAGUGAGCAACUUGACCUGGCUGGUUUCUUGAGCUUCAAUGCAGGGCUCGAUGAUUUAUUUGAGUAUGACGAUGAAGAAGGAGACGAGAGUGGGACUGUACAAACGAAUGAACCAACCCUUCCUGUGACAAAGAAAAUGGUCCAGGGUGAUGAUCUUCCUCCUGCCGUGUUGUUUGCCGCGAUUGCAGAUGAGAACUAUCUUGUUGGAAUGAAUGAACUCAAACUAUGGGCUGAAUUGCAAGAAAUGCUCGAGGAGGAAGAUCUUUUACCAUCUGAACUGCAGGAUUUUUACGAUUCGAUUGAAGAUAAGAAAUCAGGGAAAUUGAGUGAAGAAGGGUUUGUCACACUGUACGAAAAAAUUGACGUUCUAUUCGAGGAUGACGAUGAAGAAGAGGCAAAUGAUGAUGCUGCAGCAGCUGCUCAGGCAAGUAGAAUCAAAGAGGAUCUUUUGGGCUUUGUUAAUUUGAUUGACAAUGAUGACGACGAGGAAGCCCUUGCUUGCUGUCUCGACUCGACAGAAAAGGACCAAAAGCAAGUAAUGAACAUUGUCAGCGCCCUUGAAGCGCAGCCAACUAAUUUCAUCAAACAGAAAAAAGGAAACAUCGAUUCAAGUGAUUUAACUGGGACUUGGGAAAUGAUUUACUCAAGCUCCUCCGGUAUGAAGUUUAACAAGGGACUCAGUGGACUAGGCGGCAGCUUUCCCAAUGGACGCUUUGGGGGAUUGAAACAAAAACUCACCGCAACGAAAUAUGUCAGAGAUGUGGAAUACCAAGAAUGGAUUAAAGUCAAUCCAUCAGCGGCUUCAUUUUAUGUGACUAUUAAUGGAAGCUGGGAUCUCAAGACAAGUAUGUCAUUGUUUACUGGUGAACCCUCCAUUGUGUUGAAUAUUGAACCUGAUCGAGUCCAGUGGGGUACAACUGUGACAAAAGGGGAUCAUUGGAAGAGUCUCGGACCAACGAAUUUGUUGGACCUGACAUAUCUUGAUGAAGACUUCCGAGUCAUGCGAGGAUGUACCUCGACAGAAACUAUCUUCUUGUACAAGAGGGUAGCAGAAGAAGGAAAAUAG